AUGGCACAGCUGCGGCAGCAGCAGAAGGAAAGAGAACUCUUCAGCCUGGUGAGGCCGGCGGCGGAGGGGCCGACCAGGAACUUCCAUUGCCUCUACUGUUCCAGAAGGUUUUGCACCUCCCAGGCGCUCGGGGGCCACCAGAAUGCUCACAAGAAGGAGCGCGCCGCCGCUCGAAAGGCUCCGAUCGCCGCAGGCGUCGAACGCCGGUGCAGCAGCGCUCCUGGGAGAACCACCGCCACCGCCCUCACGACGCCGGCUCUUUGGGUCGAGUCCCCUUCGCCGCCGUGCUACUGGUUCUACUACGGAACCUACUUCCCACGACCCGCUCCGCAGGUGAUGAUGCCCCUCUCCGCCGCCACCGGUGGCUCGCUCAUACCGUCCCCCUCCCCGCCCUCUCCUGGCCCUCUGCACGUCGACCUCGACCUCGAUCUCGACCUCGACCUCUCCCUCCAUUUGUAG